AUGUGCAACAGAUUGCACCCCGAUUCAUUGGGGCUCCGAACAGAGAGGAGUCCUAAGAACAAUCUUUUCUCCGUCCUAUGUCUGCGCGAGGUGCAAGCUGUCAAGAAGCGACGGCUCCUCCAGAUGAAUGCUGCGUGGGUUCAACGCUACGAGUUGAAAUCUGUUCUUUCUGGUCAUCGAGGUUGUGUGAACACAAUUCAUUGGUCUUCUCACGGUGAAGUCUUGGUAAGUGGCAGUGACGACAUGACCCUAAAGCUCUGGCGCUUGUGCGGCGGCCCUGGAGUCGAUUUGAAGCCAGUUGCAUCGUUGGCAACUGCUCACAGACACAAUAUUUUUGAUGCCCACCUCUUAGAGACGCAAAUCGUCUCUUGUGGUGCAGAUGGCUAUGUCUGUUUGACAUCUCUCGAUGGUCGGCAAGAACGACUCUUUCAAUCGGACAUCUCUCAAGCUUUAGCUUUCAAGAUUGAUUUCCCUUCUGGAAGAAACAGCAAAGUCUUCCUGGUGACCUUUGGCGACGGCUACAUCCGACACUUCGACCUCAGGGAGAGGCAGCAUCACCUGGUGGUGAACACCCAGGACGUGGGCCUGGCAGGGUUAGCAACAAAUCCCGAUGGCCACAGCUUGGCUGUCGGAGGAAACGAUCCCUUUCUUCGCAUCUAUGAUAUUCGAACUCUUUCUUUCCAAGAUGAGAGUUCUUAUGUGAACAUGCCCCUGUCCCCGGUGACUUCGUUGCAUUCCACCUUGCCGAUGGUCCGCAAGCAGAAGAAAGCCAUGUCCUUCUCUCGAUUUUUUUCCGGACAAUCGGAGGUUUCUAUCUCAGGAGUUUCCUGGGAUGCGACUGGGCGACUCUUGUUGGCCAAUUAUCGAGGUGGCGACAUCGAGCUGUUUGACUUUCAGGGAUCAGUGGAUGAAGGACCAGAGGUUCGACUUUCGGACUCUCAUUUGGAUGUCUCUGAUAGCAGCUUGCCCACUGGACGCGUCCAGCUCAACUCCAUCCGAAGCUAUACAGGGCGUAUCAACAAACAAACAUGUGCCAAAGAAGUCCGCUUCCUGUGCCAAGGUUCAGCUGUCGGUUCGGGAGGUGAUUGCGGCCACUUUUAUAUUUGGUCAACAACGUCCUCUGAACUGCUACGGAAGAUGCCAGCAGAUCGUUGUGUGGUGAAUUGCAUAGCGCCUCAUCCGGAACUGCCAUUAGUGGCCACCUCUGGUAUUGAUGCUGAGAUUAAAGCUUGGGACGUUGACCGCACGGUGGAGCAUUUUCAGAAACAGGAUGAGACUCCUGAUCUUCAAGGGGCUCAGGAGCUUCAAGAAGAAGGUCUAUUGCUGAUCCGUCAGGGUGCUUGGGUUGAGGCGAUCGACCUUUUUGAGCAAGCACGGAAUCUUCUAAAAGGACGCGACAGCCUUUCUGCGGGCCAAGCGGGCGAAGCAGAACAGACAGAGCAGGGUUGCCUUUUGAACUGCGCUUUCUGCCACUUGAAUUUGGAGGAGUACGAUGCUGUCAUCGAGUCGCUGGACUCACAGUUUCGAUGUUUGUCUUUAAACCGAGGUGCUGCACUGCUGCCCUUGAUCAAGGCGGCGCAGGAGGAUCUGGAGGCCUUGGAGGCAUUGGACCCCGAAAACCCAGAGCGCUUCGGCACGAAGUGUUCUGGGCACAAGGCAGAUCCAAUGGGUGCUGUGACUGCCUUCCGCAGCUGCGAGGCCGGCGGGGCGCCAGCCGCAGCUUACCGGCAAGGAAUACACUUGAUGAGGCGGGAGCUGCUGAGAUGGGCCAAAGCCCCUUGGAGAAGCCCGACCGCGGAGCGGCGGGUUCGGCAGUUGGACGAAGCCCGCGGAGUGGCGCUCUGUGCAGAUCUCUGGAACAUGUAUCGAACAGGCCCAAUUUCUGACCCAGGCCUUUCCUUGGCAUUGGAGCGCCGGCUACGGCGACCUGCAAGAGAAGCCCUAGGCCUUCGCGAAUCCCGGAAUCUGCAAGAGCUGUGCUAUGUUUGUGUGAAGAUGCCAUUGACAGACUACAUUAGUUGUCUAUUCUUAUCAACAAUCUGGACCUUAACUUAUCCAUCCUGA